AUGAGUGCUGAUUUGGAAAACUUACGGAUUCAACUUCAACACGUCGAAGCAGCUUUGUUAGCUGCCCCAGACAAUAAGGAGCUUCUUGAAUUAAAGGCAAACGUGCAGGAAAUCAUUCGCCUACAAGAAGAAAUUCUACAAGGAGAAGAAGAAGUUGAGCCAGAAGAGCCCAAUACUUCGGUUGGACCUUCCAAAAACAAGGAGAUCAAGUGGAACGUUGGGGAUCGUUGCUUAGCGCCAUCAAAAAAUGGUCAGCGUUAUUUGGCCGUCAUCGAUGGGAUUUCACAGAAUAAUGUCGCAGUUACAUUUGCCAGUAAGUUUCCUUUUUUUAAUCUGUUAUUUCGUUUAAGGUAAUGGUGUUAAGGUAAUGGUACGAUUGCAAGACUUGAAGGUUGCACCUCAAGAGGACCGUAAAAAUUAUUUAUUCCAAAACAAGGGCAAGGUAAAUACAGGGCCAAGCAAAGAAUGGCACGCCGAGAAGGAACGGAGGAAAAUAAGAGCCCAGAAGAAGGAACAGAGGAAGAAGCAGCUAGAUGAAGCCGGGGAGAAGCAGAAGAAUAAAUGGCUAAACUUUAACAGUAAAGCUCUCAACAAGAACUUUAAGGUAAGUUGUUGUAAAUGAUAAGUUUUGCUGUAAAAACAUCAUAUAUGUUCUUUAAUAGUAUUCAAUGUGUUAUUUUGUUUUAAUGACUUUAUUUAUAUUAAUUUAGGGAAUAAAGAAGGUUGAGCAAUCAAGGUCUGCUCCUGAUGGACCCAGAAGUGCGGCAGGUGCAAGAAACACGACACAAGUAUCAUCAAGAACAGUCAACAACUUCGGUGCCACAUCGAGAGGAAACAUGGAUUCUUUGUUCUGA